AAGAUGCCCAGCUCUAAGCAUGAUUGAUUUGGUAGUAAUGAAAUGGUGUCAGAAACUGAACCGUUGUGGUAGUAUGCUUCAACCUAUGGAAUUGUACAGAGGUUUUGGAAUGAACAGACACUGACUAGAAAAGUAAAACAUUUUUAUUCACAGAAGGAGACUUUAAUGUCCAGUGGAAAAAGUUGUGCCGUCAGUGGUAGAAUACAGGCAAUGCACUCAGAAGCUGCCAUUUUCUCCUGGGAAAUGGACAUCUGUAGCCUGGAGAUCAGUUGUAAUUCUGGGACAACGCCAGGCCCCACCUUAAGUUGGGACCCCCCCUCCUCACCUUCCACACAACUUUAUUGCUUUAACAGCAAGCCAUGUUUCAAUAUUUCAACAAAACCAACCACUCUAACCUUUCAAACUAUGAUCGAGCAGUCAUCAGUCAGCAAGUCUUCCUCCCACCCUGUCUGUGACCUUCUGGGUGCUGUCUCAGCCCCCUGGGCACCUCCUGAUAGAAGCUGGUACUGCAUUCUUUGUUCCUUGGUCUCUUUGCCAUCACCAGCAGAAACAGGCUCCCUUACUCUGACAAAAAGUUACAAAAUGUUCUCCCCUCCACAUCCUAAUGGAAAUGAAAGUGAUUUUAAAAUCUGCAUGUGCAACAAAAGAAAGAACAAAAGAACCAAGAGUUCAUGCUCCCCUGCCUCAAUUUUAUCAAAUCAGACCUUUCCUGGUUUAGCCCAUUGCAGUGGCUGUUUAAAAUUAUGGGGAAGGUACCAUGAUUCAGCACAUUUCUAUUAUUUUAGUGGAAACAAGAUUGACAGGACAUUACCAACCACAUCACCAACCCAACCACAGUUCCAGUGCAUCAAAGCAUUUUUGCCUUUAAAAGUGGAAAGCUGGUGCUGCAAGACCAUUUAAAACCAAGAUAUCAUUUAUAUUGUUCCGUAUCAGCUCUGAAAAACUGAGGGUUGGGAGGGAGAACCACAGAAAACCCUGAGUGCAAUGGAUUGAUCACAAGGCCUUUUGGACUCUCCAUUUUAAAAAAAUGUUGGCAAUUCCAGACUACAUGUCUUGUGUGACCCCAGCCCUGGUUAGGAAACCAUAACUUGUGCUGCAGAAAUACCAACUGCGGUUUUUCAUGAAAGGGGAAAUGUCGAAUUUAUGAACCAUGCAUAAGAGGAGAGUUCUUGUGAGCCUAAGGAUUCCUCAGAUUAAUUAAUCCCCAGUGGCAAAACACAGUGGAUCAAAUGGAUCAUGCAGUUUUAGAGAAAACCUUGUGGUGACCAGAAUAUCUUUUGGAGGACCAGGUAGUCUGCAGCUCAUAUUGUUUUCUAAGUUUGUAAACUUAGCAUUGUUCAUUGGUUGUCUUUUUUUGGUUCUGUUACACUGUUUUUUAUAUUCUGUAAUCCACCUAGAUGUCAAUGAGAAAUAAAUAAAUAAAAAUC